GGGGCGUGUCUUACGAGGGCGAGGCCCCUCCCACUUCCUCGCGAAAGAGCAACCUGGACCCAGGAAAGGGGUGGCAAGCCUGGAAAGAGGGAAUCCUGCCCUUUUCCCUCUCCUAGAUCAAUGGAUGGAGAAGGGAAGGGAUUCUUCAGCCCAGAUGGAGCCCAGAGUGAAGAUGAAGGAUUCAAACCAGACCAGCCCUGAAGGGGGAAGAGAGCCCCAUGAAAUGUGGGGCAGGAGAAGUGUGGGGUUCCCAGAAAGAAUGGGCCAAGAUGUCCUGGCUGAGAAGACCUUCAGCGCAGACCUUCAGUGCCAAUGCUUCCGGCACUUCUGCUAUGAGGAGACCUUGGGACCCCGAGAAGUGUGCAGCCGCCUCCACUCUCUCUGCCGCCUGUGGCUGAAGCCCGAGCGACACUCCAAGGCGGAGAUGCUGGACCUGGUGAUCCUGGAGCAGUUCCUGGCCGUCCUUCCUGCCGAGAUGGAGCGCUGGGUGAGGGAAUGUGGGGCAGAGACCAGCUCCCAGGCCGUGGCCUUGGCUGAAGGCUUCCUCCUGAGUCGGGCAGAAGAGGAGCAGGUACUACAGGAGAAAGAGAUCCUUCAGACCCAGGAGGCCCCAUUGGAUACCACCCAGGGGUUCCCUUCCAGGUGGACUGAACUAGAGGACAACACAGGAGAGUCUCCACUCGGAGAUGAGCCAAGGAUGCCGGGAAGAAGUCAUGGUUCAUCUCUUUGUGGUGCAAGACAAAUGGCUUCUGUGGAACAAGAUCAGGUGACUUUUGAAGAUGUGGCUGUAACUUUCAGUGGUGCUGAGUGGGCUCUGCUGGAUCCGGAUCAACAGGCCCUGUACAAAGAGGUCACAAAGGAGAACUAUCAGAUGGUGGUUUCUUUCGGUGUUGGUGGGCAAGAGAGUGAAAAUGGACAAAUGCAAUGUGAUGCAUUGCUGCAAACAGAGAAAUGUGAAGAGGACAAAGAGGAGAGCAUGAGAAUGGAAGCAAAAGAAGAUAGAAGGACUCCGUGCCCUGCUGACAUCUCUGAAUUGCCAAUCCAAGACCUCACCCGACACCAGAAAACCAAUACGGUAGAGAAACCAUAUAAAUGCCCAGAGUCUGGAAAAUGCUUUUUUAACAAGAGAAGUCUCGUAGGGCAUGAUAUGAAUCAGAAAGGAGAAAAACCCUAUCAAUGCCCGGAGUGUGGGAAGAAUUUCAGCUUGAAAUCAGUCCUUAAAAAUCACCAGGUUAGGCAUAAAGAAGAGAAACCGUACAAAUGUCUGGAUUGUGGGAAAAACUUUCAUUAUAAUGGAUCCCUCACCACACACCAGAAAACCCACACUGGAGAGAAACCAUACAAGUGCCUGGAGUGUGGAAAGAGUUUCAGCUACAAAUCAGUCCUUAAAAAUCACCAGGUUAGGCAUAAAGAAGAGAAACCAUACAAGUGCCUGGAGUGUGGGAAAAGUUUCAGCUACAAAUCAGUCCUUAAAAAUCACCAGGUUAGGCAUAAAGAAGAGAAACCAUACAAAUGUCUGGAUUGUGGGAAAAGCUUUCAUCUUAACGGAGCUCUCAGUCGACAUCAGAAAACCCACACGGGAGAGAAACCAUAUCAAUGCCUGGAGUGUGGGAAAUGCUUUACUCAAAAGAGAAGCCUCAUAGGGCAUGGAAUGAUUCACAGAGGAGAGAAACCCUAUCAAUGCUUGGAGUGUGGGAAGGGGUUCAGCUUGAAAUCGGUGCUUAAUAAUCACCAGGCUAGGCACACCGCAGAGAAAUCAUACAAAUGCCUCGAUUGUGGGAAAAGCUUCCAUAAUAACGGAGCUCUCCAUCGACACCAGAAGAUCCACACUGGAGAGAAACCCUAUAAAUGCCUGCAGUGUGGGAAGGGUUUCAGCUACAGAUCACUCCUUAAGAAUCACCAGGUUAGACAUAAACAAUACAGAUGUCUGGAUUGUGGGAAAAGCUUUCAUCACAACGAGUCCCUCAUUACACACCAGAAAACCCAUACGGGAGAGAAGCCCUAUCAAUGCCCAGAGUGUGGGAAGAGUUUCAGCUCAAAAUCAGUCCUUAAAAAUCACCAAGUUAGGCAUAAAGAAGAGAAACCAUACAAAUGUCUGGAUUGUGGGAAAAGCUUUCAUCUUAACAGAGCUCUCAGUCGACACCAGAAGACCCACACGGGAGAGAAACCAUAUCAAUGCCUGGAUUGUGGGAAAUGCUUUACUCAAAAGAGAAGCCUUGUAGGGCAUGGAAUGAUUCACAGAGGCGACAAAUCCUAUCAAUGCCUGGAGUGUGGGAAGAAGUUCAGCUUGAAAUCGGUGUUUAAGAAUCACCAGGCUAGGCACAGAGCAGAGAAAUCAUAUAAAUGCCUCGAUUGUGGGAAAAGCUUUCAUAACAACGGAGCUCUCAGUCGACACCAGAAGACCCACACAGGAGAGAAACCAUAUCAAUGCCUAGAGUGUGGGAAAUGCUUUACUCAAAAGAGAAGUCUCGUAGGGCAUGGAAUGAUUCAUAGAGGAGAGAAGCCCUAUCAGUGCCUGGAGUGUGGGAAGAGUUUCAGGUACAAAUCGGUUCUGAAAAAUCACCAGGCUAGCCACACAGAAGAGAAACCAUACAAAUGCGUGGACUGUGGGAAAAGCUUUCAUCAUAACAGUGCCCUCAGUAGACACAAAAAAACCCACACAGGGGAGAAGCCAUAUAAAUGCCCAGAGUGUGGGAAAGGCUUUACUAAAAAGAGAAGUUUCAUAAGGCACGGAAUGGAUCACAGAAGAGAGAAACCCUAUAAAUACCAGGAGAGUUAUGCAGGAGAUCUUCUUGGAGAUGGUGACUCUUCCAGUGGCGCCUUCACAUUCCCUGACGACAACCUCUAUUGCACUUCUCCUUGCUCUAAUACUGGAGAGAUCAUCACGUUGAUUCUAUAGCUCCAUGUUCAUCCGUUCAGUCGUCUCCGACUCUUCGUGACCUCAUGGACCAGCCCACGCCAGCGCUCCCUGUCGGCCAUCACCACCCCCAGCUCCUUCAAGGUCAGUCCAGUCACUUCAAGGAUGCCAUCCAUCCAUCUUGCCCUUGGUCGGCCCCUCUCCAUACCUACAGAAUAAUUCCUGGUUCUUCUACUUCUAUGUAUAGCAAUCCUCCAGAGGUCUGUUUAUUUCGCAUAUUUGUAUCCUGUCCUUCUCACCCCUGAGGGGGGACUCAGGGAAGCUGUUGUGACUCAGCUGGAGCCACAGAGUGAUGCUGUUGUUGCUCUGAUGGGAUCUCAAGGUGAUUCUGAUGAGAAUGAUGGGAUUCAGGUUCACAAUCAGGUUCAAGAUGUCCCUGUUGUAGACAAUGAGGAACAGGGUGUGCAAGUUCAGUUUCCCACAGCAGGGAAUGAUGUUGUUGAUACUGAAACUAGCCAGGUGCCAAGUGACUCAGAAAAGGAGGACAGUUCUCAGCCUGAUAGUAAGCAGGAAGGCAAUCGGUCUGAGACUAACGAGCAGCCUGACCUUGACGAAAAGGGAACCUUAGAUCGGGCUGAUCGUUUGGAAUUCAGAGUUCGAAGGAGUGUGAGAAUAGCUAACAGGAAGAAGGUGCGACAAGGCCAAAGAAAUGCUUUCAUGUUUUCCAAAGGGUAUUAAACAAAGUGUUUGAAAACAAACCUUUGUAAGAGUAACUUUUCACUUAGAAUCAUAGAAUCCAAGACUUGGAAGAGACCUCAUGGGCCAUCCAGUCCAACCCAAUUCUGCCAAGAAGCAGGAAUAUUGCAUUCAAAUCACCCCUGACAGAUGGCCAUCCAGCCUCUAUUUCAAAGCUUCCAAAGAAGGAGCCUCCACCACACUCCAGGGCAGAGAGUUCCACUGCUGAACGGCUCUCACAGUCAGGAAGUUCUUCCUCGUGUUCAGAUGGAAUCUCCUCUCUUGUAGUUUGAGCCAAGAAACUUGUGCUGGUUUGCCUGGAUUAUCUUGCAGUUCUUGUGUUCAUGGUCUCAGGACUUUGUCAUGUUCUCAUGGGAUUUUGCUUUUCUGGUGCCUUUUUAAAAUCAUGUUUCAUAGUCCUAUUUUGUAUUGAUCUUUUGGAACAUUACUUUUUCUUUUAAGAACUUUUUUAUAUUUUACUUUUUAAUAAACUACAAAGACUUCAA